CCUGGACAUUUCAGAAAAUGUUUCCACAUGACCUUUCUCCAACUAAUUGUUUGACUGUUUGUUGUAUUCACCUAUUUGAUCUUUCAUCCAUUAAUUUACAGUCCUGAUUUGUUAUCAUUCUAGUGUCAGCUAGUUCUGGGAACAUUUAUCUGUGUAAUAGAUUACUUCAGUUAAAUAUUACUUCUUCUGUAAUAUAAGUAGUGUGGAAUAACUCUUUCUGAAGCAGGUCCAGAAAUGAAGCUAGUUUGUAAGACGGUCAUCUUCUUUCUGUUAGUCUCUCCCAGCCUUGGGAUAGAUGAGGAAUUUGCUCAGAAUUUUAUUGCCAUUGCUGGACCUCUACCCAGCGAGUUAGUAAAUAGAUGGCACCUGCAGAACCAAGUCCUACCCAAGGAACAUCAGGGCCCUGCUGUGGCCGAAGCCCAUGAUUACCUGUGCCGAGAAGAUCUUGUGCCUUCUGAGCUGCCCCGAUACUUCUCCCACCUUCAUGAGAUGGGGGUGACGCAUUACAAAGUCUUCCUGCCAUGGGCACGCAUUCUUCCAAAGGGGGAUGCCAAGAAGCCAGAUGAAGCCCAAGUGCAGUGCUGCCAGCAGCUGCUCAAGACCCUGGUUGCUGCAGACCUCAAGCCGGUGGUAGUUCUGCAUCACCAGCAUGUCCCUAGCACUGUAGUCGCACAGGCCAAGGGUAGGAAAGCCAACGCUUUUGCUGACCUUUUUGGGGAAUAUGCAGAGUUCAGCUUCCGUGUUUUUGGGUACCUGGUUGAUGUGUGGCUCACCUUCAGCGACCUGCCAGAGGUCCUUAAAAGCCUGCCUUACGAUGACCCCCAGUACCGAGUCCAGGCCCUCGCUGCCGCUCAUGAAAGAGCUUACACCAUCUACCACGAGAAAUACUCACCGGCAGGUGGAAAGCUGUCCAUUGCUUUAGGAGUGGGUCAUACCUUGGAUAGUGCUUCAUCGGAAUUGCUUUCAGUUUUUCUUCAGGAUUCAGUAGACUUUCUGUCUCUCAGCCUUCAGUACUGUUGUGGAAAUGAAACAGAUUUCUACAAGAAAUUGAGCGUAUUCCAGAACGUCUGGAAGGACAUAGAGAUCUUGAUUUUUAGUCUAAAGUUCCUUGAUUGUGGUUCCAUUGAAGAAAAUCCUUUCAUAUCACUAGCUGACAUUGUCAAAGCUAUUAAUAAAGAAGAGGCACGUAUGAUUGGGUAUGAUGUUAAUGAAUUCCUGGACUUUUCAUCUCAUGUUUUAAGCAAAACAAAUACUCUACAGGAGAAUCCAGAUGCUGUUCUUGCCCCCCGCUCCUCCUAUCAAACAGUUCGGGAAAUGUUUGCUAAGCAGUCUGAAUUGGAGAGGGAUUCUUUUCUGCAAGAUACUUUCCCAAGUGGUUUCCUCUGGGGCACAUCGACAGGUGCCUUUAACAUUGAAGGAGCUUGGGCAGAGGAUGGGAAAGGAGAGAGCAUCUGGGAUCAGUUUGGGCAUGCAGGUCAUGUCUACAUGAACCAAACAGCAGACGUGGCAUCUGAUAGCUACUAUAAAACCAGCUAUGACGUUUACCUACUUAGGGGUCUUCAUCCUCAACUGUACAAAUUUUCUAUAUCCUGGCCUAGAAUUUUUCCUGCUGGCACCAACGAGACCUUCAACUCCAAGAGUGUUGAUUAUUACAACCAAUUAAUUAACCGGCUGCUAGACUCUAAUAUUGAGCCCAUGGUGACUCUGUUCCACUGGGACCUCCCACAAGCUCUUCAGGUUCUUGGUGGCUGGCAGAAUGACAGUAUCAUAGAUGCUUUUGUAAACUAUGCAGACUUCUGCUUUUCCACUUUUGGGGAUCGGAUCAAGUUCUGGAUUACUUUCCAUGAGCCUUGGGUUAUCAGCUACGCUGGCUAUGGUACUGGAGAGCAUCCUCCAGGAAUCACUGACCCAGGAGUAGCAUCUUACAAGGUAGCUCACACAAUUCUCAAGGCUCAUGCCAAGGUCUGGCACCUGUACAAUGACAAAUACCGCUCUCAGCAACUGGGAAAGGUGGGACUGGUGCUGAACUCGGAUUGGGCUGAACCCAAGACUCCAAGCAACUCGGAGGACGUGAGGGCAUCUGAGAGGUACCUGCAGUUCAUGCUUGGCUGGUUUGCUCACCCUAUAUUUGUUAAUGGUGAUUACCCAGAUAUCCUGAAGGCUCAGAUCCAGGAAGCAAACCAGCAGUGCUCCACAACAGUUGCACAGCUGCCCCUGUUCACAGAAGAGGAGAAGUCUUGGGUGAAAGGGACUGCAGAUUUUUUCGGUCUUUCCCAUUACACUUCCCGCCUAGUCAGUGCUGUGACUAAUGGGACCUGUACACCAAGCUAUGAGAGCAUCGGGAACUUCUCCUUGCAUGUAGAUCCUUCUUGGCCACAGACUGCCUCUUCUGGGAUCCACGUGGUCCCAUGGGGAUUAAGAAGGCUGCUGAAGUUUGUGUCUCAGGAAUAUACAGGGUCUAAGAUCCCUAUUUACAUAGCAGGAAAUGGCAUGCCAACAGCAGAUGCAGGGGAUCUUAUUAAUGACACUCAACGAGUGGAUUAUUUCCGCCGAUACAUCAAUGAGGCUUUAAAAGCCAUAAAACUAGACACAGUUGAUGUUCGGUCAUAUAUUGCUCGAUCCCUGGUUGAUGGCUUUGAAGGCCCAGAGGGUUACAGCCUAAAAUUUGGGCUGCAUCACGUGAAUUUUGAAGAUAGCAACAGACCAAGGACUCCCAAGGCGUCUGCUUAUUUCUAUUCCAGUGUUAUUGAAAAAAAUGGUUUCCCACACAAAGUCUUGGACAGAUUUUCUACACCAUUGGUGUUUGACCUACCCAUGCCAUCAAAGUUGCCGAAUUUACCAGCAUCAGAAGUUCCCUCCAAGGCAAAGGUUGUCUGGCAUAAGUUUUCAUCUCAAACAGACUUUGAAAGGGACAAGUACUUUUAUGGGACAUUUCCAGAGAACUUUACAUGGGGUGUGUCUUCUUCUGCCUACCAGAUAGAGGGAGGUUGGGAUGCUGAUGGCAAAGGACUCAGCGUUUGGGAUAACUUCACCCACAUCCCAGGGAAUAUAAAGAAUAAUGAUACUGGAGAUAUAGCUUGUGACAGCUACAACAAGGUGGAGGAAGACAUUUACCUGCUGAGAGCCUUAGGUGUAAAGAACUAUCGUUUCUCCCUGUCCUGGCCUCGAAUUUUCCCUAAUGGAAGGAACAACUCAAUAAACAGCCAUGGAGUUGACUACUAUAACCGCCUCAUUGAUGGGCUAGUUGCAAACAACAUCACUCCAAUUGUCACUCUCUACCACUGGGAUCUGCCACAAGCUCUCCAGGACAUUGGUGGCUGGGAGAGCAGCGCGCUGAUUGACCUGUUUGAUAGUUUUGCGGACUUCUGUUUCCAGACCUUUGGGGACAGGGUGAAGUUCUGGAUUACAUUCAAUGAACCCCAGGUCAUUGCCUGGGUUGGCUAUGGCACUGGGGAAUUUCCACCCAAUGUCAAGGACCCUGGCAGCGCUCCCUACAGGGUUGCCCACAUCUUACUGAAAGCUCACGCCAGGGUCUACCACACUUAUGACGACAAAUACAGAGCGAGUCAGCGAGGGGUCAUUGCUCUGUGUCCCAACAUUGACUGGGCUGAGCCGAAGACACCAAGCGACCCCAAGGACAUAGAAGCUGCAGACAGGUACCUGCAGUUUUUGGUGGGGUGGUUUACACACCCGAUUUUCAAAAAUGGGGACUACCCCGAGGUCAUGAAGUGGAAAGUCGGGAACAGGAGUGAGCUCCAGAACCUUCCGUCAUCUCGCCUACCGGUUUUCACAGCGGAGGAACGUGAAUACAUCAGGGGCACGGCAGACGUUUUCUGCUUCAACACCUACACCUCCAAAAUCGUAACCCAUGCAACGACACGGUUGAAGCCCUUGUCUUAUGAGUAUGACCAGGAAGUUUUAACAACGGUUGACAGCUCCUGGCCUUCCUCAGCUCUUACUGGCCAUCGGGCUGUGGCCUGGGGGCUGAGAAGGCUACUGAACUGGAUCAAAGAAGAAUAUGGAAAUCCCCCAAUAUACAUAAUUGAGAAUGGCGUGGGGAUAAAGACCAAAUCGAAUAUUGAUGACAAUACCAGGAUAUUUUACUACAAAACAUAUAUUGAUGAAGCUUUAAAAGCUUACAAGUUGGAUGGUGUCAAUCUGAGAGGAUACAAUGCGUGGUCCUUUAUGGAUAACUUUGAAUGGCUGAAUGGUUAUGAUCCAACGUUUGGAUUGCACCAGGUUGAUUUUGACAAUCCCAACAGGCCAAGAACCCCAAAGCGCUCGGCUGUGUACUAUGCAGAAAUCAUCCGCAAUAAUGGUAUCCCAUUGCCAAAAGAAGAUGAAUUUUUAUAUGGAGAGUUUCCAAAGAACUUUCGGUGGAGUGUGGCAACUGCAGCAUAUCAGAUUGAGGGAGGAUGGAGAGCAGACGGGAAAGGACUUAGCAUUUGGGACAAAUUUUCUCACACUCCUUUGAAAAUCAGCAAUGAUGACACUGGAGAUGUAGCUUGUGACAGCUACCACAAGAUUGAGGAGGAUGUGGAAAUGCUGAAAAGCCUCAAGGUGUCUCACUAUCGCUUUUCAAUCUCCUGGUCCCGCGUUCUUCCAGAUGGGACCACCAGAUACAUCAAUGAAAUGGGACUGAACUACUACGAAAGGCUUAUCGAUGCUCUGCUGGCAGCUAACAUUAUGCCUCAGGUAACCCUCUAUCACUGGGACCUCCCACAGGCGCUGCAGAAUGUCGGUGGGUGGGAGAAUGACACUAUAGUUCAGAGGUUUAAGGAAUAUGCUGAGCUCCUUUUCCAGAGACUGGGAGAUAAAGUGAAAUUUUGGAUAACCCUCAACGAACCUUACAACACUGCAUAUUGUGGCUAUGGCGUUGGCACAGCUGCUCCGGGCAUCUCCGUUCGGCCAGGGCGAGCCCCCUACGUGGUGGGGCACAACUUAAUAAAGGCCCACGCAGAAGCCUGGCACCUCUACAAUGAGACCUACCGGGCAAAACAAGGAGGAUUAAUCUCUAUCACCAUCAACUCCGACUGGGCAGAACCAAGGAACCCACACAACCAGGAGGACGUUGAAGCUGCCAGACGGUACUUGCAGUUUCUUCUAGGUUGGUUUGCUCAUCCCAUUUUCAAAAAUGGCGAUUAUAAUGAAGUAAUGAAAAAGAGGAUUCGGGAACGCAGUCUGGCUCAGGGUCUCGAGCAGUCCCGACUUCCAGAAUUUACUGAAAGCGAAAAGCAAAGAAUUAAAGGCACAUAUGACUACUUUGGUCUAAAUCAUUAUACUACAGUUUUAACGUACAAGGUGAACUAUCCUGCUGGUGUUCUGUCAUAUGACUCCGACAGGGGUGUAGCUUCAGUAAGCGACCGCAGCUGGCUGAACUCCGGUUCCUUGUGGCUAAAGGUGACACCCUUUGGUUUCCGAAAGCUCCUGAGAUGGAUAAAGGAAGAGUACGACGACCCUCCUAUUUAUGUGACUGAAAACGGGGUCUCGGAAAGGGGAGCCUUAGACUUCAAUGACACUUGGCGAACGCAUUACUACCGGAGCUACAUUAACGAAGCACUGAAAGCCGUUGUGCUUGACGGCGUCGACUUGCGAGGCUACACCGCGUGGACGCUGAUGGACAACUUCGAGUGGGCAAUGGGCUUCGACGAAAGGUUCGGGUUCUAUCACGUGAAUUUCACAGACCCCAACUUGCCGCGGCGCCCCAAGGCCUCUGCCAGGUUUUACUCGCAGAUCAUAAACUGCAACGGGUUUCCAGACCCAGCAACGGGCCCACAUCCCUGUCUGGAACCGGAGCCGGAAGGGACAGUGACACCCACAGACACGGCCCCAGAACCAGCCGACAGCGUGCGCUUUUUGGGAUUGGAGUUAACAUCACAAAAUGCAGAAAUAGCGCUAUACGUGCUUUUUGCUCUUUCUGCAGUUGGAGUGUUGGGCUUGGCUCUUCUUGCAUUUAAAUAUGGAAAAUUAUCCAAAAGAUCCCGUAAACGAUCACCCACAGAACUUCAUAAACUGUAA